GCAUAAGCACAAACCUUGCGAAUCAUUAGGCUGUGUUGAGAGGCUGUACCAUUAUCCGGCGUUAGCUUGAGAGCGAUCUGACUGGCUGUAACCAUGUCACAUGUCCCUGCUGAUCAGCCUGAAGAAGAUGCUGCAGAGCUCCAGUUUCCAAAAGAGUUUGAUAGUGCAGAGACUCUGAUGAUUUCGGAGGUGCACAUGCUGCUUGAGCAUCGAAAGGCACAAAACGAGAAUGCUGAAGAAGAACAAGAGCUAUCAGAAGUUUUCAUGAAGACCUUAGCAUAUGCCGAACGCUUCGCGAAGUUCAAGAACAGGGAAACGAUCGCGUCCGUCCGAAAUCUGCUAGCUCAGAAGAAGUUGCACAAGUACGAGUUGGCGGCACUGGCCAGCUUAUGCCCUGACAACCCGGAGGAAGCCAAAACUCUCAUACGCAGCCUGGAGGGCCGCUAUGAGGAGGAGGAGCUGCGUUCCAUCCUUGACGACAUCCAGACCAAGCGCAGCUUCCAGUACUAGCCACCGCACCAUCGCCAACAGGUGUCAUUCCACAUCAUCGCGCUGCCGCAGUGGCACGGCCGCCGGUGCUACUGUGGCGCGGGGCGAGCAGCGCGGGCCUGGACCGUGGACCUCCUCCCGCCCACCCGCCGGCGGGCUGGCUCUGCUCGCCGGCGACGGAGCCGACCGCAGAGCAGGGUCCUGCGCCGCGCAGCGGCCGGUGCGUUGCCGCCGCCCAGCUCGCGGCGAGACGGCGUCCGCCGGUCACCGCCGCUCCGUUCCGACCGUCCGACGCGCCAGGCGCUGGCCACCCCAUAGGGCGUCGUCCUCCGGUGGAGAGAGGAGGUGGAGCGCGGCACGAGACUGAGGGUGACUACGCCAGGAGAGGUGCAGCGCGGAGCAGCGAGCACGCGGCGGCCUCCUCAGCCCACGAAAUUCACACAUGAUCAUCCGAGGUGUACGUGACAGCAAAUACAGCAUUUGUGUUGCC